GCUUGAGCAUCAGUUCGAGUUUAUCUGUCGUGCAGUCAAGUUGUCCUAUAAAGUUUCGAUUCGUGUAUAUUAUACGCAAGAGAGCAAGUACUCGAGUGUAUGUGUUUCUAUAUCUCUUGUUCACCCCGCUAUAAGACUCUUAUAUUCAACGCUCAAGGUAAAUCGAAUUUCGUAGACGAGGAGAUCAGCUUUUCGACGCUCCGAAAAUAAGUGUUCAGAUAUCCCGCGUUUAGUUGGUCGUUGCAGAGUAGAGCAGUGGAAUCGACGACGCCGCAUUGGUGCUCUAAAUUCAUUUGUUAACCAAUGGUGCGCCACGGUUAGCAUUUAGCUCAACAAAUCGCCAAGCCGCAAAUUUGUUGGUUAGGUUCUCCAAGCUGUUGUUGAACCGUAGGUUAAGGAGCAUCUAUAGUGUUAAUGUUUUUCUCCGUUGUUAUUGAAUUGAAAUGAAGUUCUGACAGUGAUUUGAAGGUGUAUAAAGUAAUUGCUGAACACAUAGUUAGUAUUGAAAAAAAAUAUGAGGAUCGCCAUAGAGGGUUGCGCUCACGGCGAGCUUGAAUCAAUUUACGAUGCCAUCAUCGAGUCUGAAAAAGUCGAUGGUAAAAAAGUUGACUUACUUAUAUGCUGCGGAGACUUUCAAGCCACGAGAAAUUUGAGGGAUCUAAAAUGCAUGGCUGUACCUGACAAGUACAAAGAAAUGGGCACGUUUUACAAAUAUUAUACAGGAGAAAAAGUAGCACCUAUCCUCACAAUUUUCAUUGGUGGUAAUCAUGAAGCUUCAAACCACCUGCAGGAACUAUCGUAUGGCGGGUGGGCCGCCCCAAACAUUUAUUAUUUGGGUUAUGCGGGUGUUGUGACAGUAGCGGGAAUAAGGAUCGCAGGAAUGUCAGGAAUCUACAAAAGUCAUGAUUAUAUGAAAGGCCAUCACGAGUAUCCACCGUAUAAUAAUAAUACCAUGCGUAGUGCUUAUCACAUCAGAAACUUGGAUAUAUUUAGGUUGAAACAGCUCUCAGGUCCUAUUGACAUAAUUAUCAGUCAUGAUUGGCCCUUAGGAAUUACAGAAUAUGGCAAUGUGAAAGCAUUGCUCAGAAAAAAAGCUUUCUUUAAGGAAGAUAUUGAAAACAACACUCUUGGUAGUCCACCGGCAAUGGAAGUACUAAAGCAACACUACCCAACUCAUUGGUUUGCAGCACACUUGCACUGCAAAUUUGCUGCUGUUGUUUCAAAUGAGGAUUGCAGUAAGACAACCAAAUUUUUGGCUUUAGAUAAGUGUUUACCGAGGAGAAAAUUUAUUCAAGUCAUAGACAUUGAUCAUGAUCAAAGUUUGCCCAUCAAACUUUCCUAUGAUUUAGAAUGGCUUACAAUAUUAUAUUUGACAAACCAUUUACUUAGUGUGAAAAAUACUCUGAGCUAUAUGCCUGGACCCCACCAUCAAGUUAGAUGGAAGUUUGUUCCUCUGGAGGAAGAAAAGGAAAGGAUACAUCACAAACUUAACUAUGAUUUAACUGUUCCACUGAAUUUUAAAGAGACAGUUGAGCGUUACGAUCCUGAAAAUCCAUAUAUGCGCGUUGAUCAACCAAAUUUGUCAGUAAAUCAUCAGACUACUGAAUUUUGUGAUAAAUUAGGAAUCGAUGAUCCUUUUGCUUUGAUAAAAAUGACAGCAAACAUUCCCGAAGAUAACGAGAAAAUCGACAACUCGUUCGCAAGCAGCACGCCAGUUCAACAUCCUCAUUCUGCUGAUCAUUCACUCUCUACUGAAGAGGAUGAACAAUCCAUGGAAGGAUCGGACGAAGAACCCCAAUUUGUCAUAGAUACGGUGCCGACGUACAAUUCAAGAACAGUUAUGUCGCCAUUGAAAAUGCCCGCUGCUAAGAAUGAAGGUACCAUUUGUAUAGACGACGAUACUGAAUCGAAAGUAGAGGACCAAACAAAUUCUCCAAAGAAUACAAAUUUAAUUGAUGCAGUACCUAACUUGGUUCCUAGAGCAGUGAUGUCCUCUUUAAAGUUACCGCCUGUCAAAAAUGGAAGCAAAUCGACAGAUGAAACAGAAAGUGAAGCGCAAGCUCAUUUAAACUCUUCCAAGAGUCCAAGAAGAUUAGAGGACGCAAAUAAAGCAUCAGAUGCAAAAGUCGAACCAAAUACGAAAAAAUUUAAGCGGCGAAAUCAGUCAAUUUACACGGACACGGAAUGUACCACGUAGUGGUAGCUGGAAACUUACUGAUGAUAUUAAGAUUCAUUUAAUAUCACCACAUGUACAAAACCCUUAAAGUUUUGUUCUGUUUUUAAAGAAAUGAAAUUCAAUGAUGCAGCAAUGUUUGCCGAGAUUUAUUUUAUACGUUGAACUAGGUUUCUUUUAGUGAAAGCUGAAGGAAAUUUUAUUGUUUUUCUUUUUUAUUUGUUUGAUCAUUAAACAGCGUCAUGACCGCGCGAAUAGGCAAUUCUUGUAAUAUCUAAGGAAUAAUUAUACAAAGGAAAUACGCAAAUGUAAUAUGAAAUUCAUUAUAUCUGAAUAGCCAUAUCAGGAAUUGAGAAUUUCUGCUAAUUUUUAUCUUCGGAAUAGAAUACAUCGGUUUUUGCUUCAAUCGUGAAAUAGAAUCGCGAUGCAAAAAGCGAAUGGAUUUCUUAUUCAUCAGAUCGCAUCACAUAAGUCGUACAAAUCGAUUGUCUUUGUACCAUAAAUAAACUUACUUAUUUUACUACAAAAAAAUAAACACUCGCACA